GGCUCGCUAAGUACCCACUCACCGCGCUCAUGCGCUCAGCCAAGUUAGUCAGUCUGUGAGCCAAGCGGCUGGCGUACCAUCAAGCCAGCGAUCAGUCAGCCAGUCAGUCUGUCCGCGGCAUUGCGCUUUCCUAGUCAAGCGUCAUUUCAGCAGUGCGCGCUAAGCAUCGAGCGUUUUGAAGAAUUGGAAUUGUUCGAGCACGUAAACAUGAAGCACUUUUCCACAUUUGUCGCGCUUUUCCUCAGCUGCGUGGUUUUCCAUUACCAUUGCCUGGCUCAGCCGGUGGAGCGUGUUGCGGCGGCGGGUAUUGUGAUCGACGCGGCGCCUUCUGUGGUCUCCUAUCAGGGUUCAUCGCAAACGCAUGCGCAUCUCGUAUUGGCGCCCAUGGGCCGUUCGUUGGGCUAUGUGGAACCGUUGGAUGUGAAUCGCACGUUGGCGCGAAACGAACGUUUGGACGAGCGGCACGAGGUGCUGGAUAUUAGUCCCGUCUAUGUGCCUGAGUGAAGGGCGCAUGCGCAGUAUGUGGGUUGGAAUAUAUGACUAAUGCAAACUGGUGUAUAUAAACUAUCUAUAUCUAAAGGUUUUUAAGUGUUCGCUUGUGCAAUAUGCAUGAGCUGAGUUGUUCGCGAGAAUUCGGCGUUUAACAAUAGCUUGCUGUAUUUCCUAUUCUUGGUAGUUAGUUGUAAAUAUAUAUAUAUGUAUAUGAAUUGUAUUGUUGAUAUUAUUAACUAAGUGUACUGAGUAUUAGUGAAUGUGGAUUGCUUUAGUAGUUUACGAAACGAUUAUUAUUGAAUUAUUCAAGCGGUAAAAAUGUGUGAAUACCUGGAAUAAAGAUUAUUUAUGCCUAAACAA